CACUCCCAAUUUACACUCUCACCUCCUUCUCUCCUUCUUCCUCAAACCCCUUACUGAGUUUUUGCAAAAAUGAAGGAAGUGAAAUACCCAGACCUAUUAGCCCAGAUCAUCAAGUAUUGCGAACCUCGUCCCUCUGCUGAGGAAGAAUUACAAAACUGCCCUCUUAUUUAUGAGUACGAGAACUCUCCAGAGUCCUCGCCGUCGUUAAAAUUAACGCCGUCAGAGCCCACUGGAAUACUCAUGUUAUCUCUUCCAUCUUCUGACUCCGUUAGCCAAAGUUCCCCUCACGAUAACGAAGAAUUCGAAACCCCGCCGGAGCACAACAACUCCAACUCUCAGCCCUAUUUUUCCGGCUCCGAUGAACUGAAACCGAGUACGAGUACUGCAGCCGUUGAUUUUCAACAUAACGGUGAUGAUACUGAUGCCGUUAAUAAUGAUAACUCGGCGGCUGUAGAUUUGGGAAAUGAUUCCGAUGACCUAGGGUUUGAAGAGCGAAUGCGGAAGAGGAUUAGGGUUUCUGAUGAGGAUUUGGAUUUGAAGAGUUCAGUUCGGAGAAAAGACGAAAGAGGACAGAUUGUGAUAGAAAUUGAUCAGACUCAGGAUGUUGAUACAGAGGUAGUGAUAGAAUGUGAGGAAAAUGUAAAAGUUUAUGAGCGUAGAAUUCAAAGAAAUGCGGAUUCUUCUACUGUGAAAAUGUCUGAGAGAGAUGACGAGGAGGGGGAUAGAGGAGAAAAGCGUGAAAAUGGUGAAAGAGGUGUAGAUGACGUUGAGAAGUUGAAUGGUAUUGGCUAUGUUGAAAUGCAUUUGAAUGGGAUGAAGAAUGGUGUUAGCGGUGGUGAUGGUGGUGGAAGAGGUGUGGAUAGUAUGAAUUUAGAUGAGAUUGAGAAGUUGAAUGGUGUUUGCGCAAAGGAAAUGCAUUCGAAUGGGAUUGCAGAAAGAGUUCAUGGUGAUGGUGGUGGUGUUGGAAGUGUUGAGGGAAGGCGUGAGUUGCCAUUAUCAAUGAGAGGAGGAGACAAGAAUGUUGGAUUGGUGGAAGAAGUUGGGAGGAGGGUAGUCAAGAAUACCAAGUUUAAGGAUCUAGUGGAAGCUUUCUCUAUGGUGGUGGGGGAUGUUAGUGGUGGUGACAAGAAUGUUGAUUUCUUUGAGACUGCCAAGGCCCGCGGAUUGAGUUUUCCUCGGCCUAGAUGGUGGCCACCGGAGGGAUUUUCUGAUUGAUUCAAUAUUCAGGGAAGUACAACUUUUGGUGAGACUUGGCGUUUGUUAAUGUACAAAGUUUUUAAGAGUUCGGAUAUAGGUGUAAAGGUAAUGCUGGAUUGGUGGUAUGUCAACCAUAUGCAAGAAGAGAUCUUUGAAUUGUUUGAUCACCAGCAGAUGGAGGUUGUGUACUGCUUUCUUUUUUUGAGGUGAAGGUUUAGUUGUACAGAUUCAUUAAUUUGGUAACCUUGAAGUAGAUACUUAAAGAACUUGUUCCUUUCUUUUAU